AUGACCUCUUUACCCUGUCCCCUUCCUGACCGCGGUGCCUCCAACGUUGUCUUCCCGGACCUCGCCCCCGCCCCGUCGGUAGUGGCUGCUUACCCGCUCGGACUAUGCCCGGGAACCGCAGCUUCCCCCGAUUUGUCCUACUCCCAAUCCUAUGGCCACCUCCGGUCCUAUUCCUACCCUGGGCCAGCAACCCCAGGAGAUUCCUACCUGCCCAGCCAGCAACAAUUGGUGGCGCCGUCUCAGCCCUUUCACCAGCCGGUUGAAUACCCGCAGGAACUCGAAGCAGAAUCAGAGAAGCUGGCACUGUCCCUGGAGCCAUCCCAGCAGCAGUCCCUGACCAGGAAGCUGCGCAAGCCCCGAACCAUCUACUCCAGCCUGCAGCUGCAGCACCUGAACCAGCGUUUCCAGCACACCCAGUACCUGGCCCUGCCCGAGAGAGCUCAGCUGGCAGCGCAGCUCGGACUCACCCAAACCCAGGUAAAGAUCUGGUUUCAGAACAAACGCUCCAAAUACAAGAAGCUCCUGAGACAGGGCUCUGGGGAGCCGGAAGAGGACUUCUCUGGGAGACUCCCCUCUCUGCCUCCCCACUCUCCAACCUUUCCAUUCAUCUGGGGUCUACCCAAGGCAGGCACCCUGCCUGCCAGUGGCUAUGACAACAGCCACUUUGGUGCCUGGUAUCAGCAUCGCUCCCGCUCCCCAGAUGUGCUGGGGCUGCCUCAGAUGAUGUGAGUCUGAAGAGAGGCUGUUCAGCCCUCCCCGUCAAGCCCAGGACCCGGAGCACCUGCUCUCCUUCUGGGAGGGGAGGAAACCAGCUC